CUGGAAAUUGAUCCCAUUUUCUAUUACCAAAUAAUUUGCAAUAUUGCAUAGUGCAUUGUUUUUACAAAAUGCUUACCAAAAAUAUUACUAACUUAUUCAUUCGAAAUUGUACAUUAAAAAAAAAUUAUGGGUUUUUGAGAAAUUUCUCUCUAACUGCGUCGAAAAACGACAUUGUGAAAAUCCAGAGUACUGAUGACUUCAAAGAAAAAGUAAUUAAUAGUAAAGUUCCCGUCGUUGUCGAUUUCUUUGCAACGUGGUGCAACCCAUGUAGACUACUUACUCCUCGCCUUGAGUCUAUAAUAGCAGAAAGUAAAGGCAAGGUGGUUUUGGCAAAAGUAGACAUUGAUGAACAAACUGAUUUAGCAUUAGAUUAUGAAGUAAGCUCUGUACCAGUCUUAGUAGCGAUAAAGAAUGGGAAAGUACAAAACCGUUUAGUUGGACUGCAAGAUACUGAUAAACUACGCAAGUGGAUUGAACAGUUUGCUUCUGAAGAAACUAAAGCAGAAAUAAAAGCUUAAUUUAAUAAAAUGAAAUGAUAUAUUUUUCUUUGUUACCAAUGUAGAUUCUUAAUUUAAUAAAUGUUUUAUUCAAAAAAUUAAUUUAUUCUUCAAGACAUUGUAUUAAAUCUCGAGCUCUCUUAUAUGUAACUUCAUCAGGUUUGUUAGUCUCUUCUGUUGUAUUCUCUUCACUGUUUUCUUCAUCUAUUUCUUGUGUAUUACUUUGACCAUGUUUUUCUGUCCAUUCAUCCAUUUGUUUAAUGACUUUUUUUGCAUCUUCAAGCAAUAAUGUGCGUACAUUCCCUUUUGCAGAUUCAAAAUACUCAAUUAGGGUCUGCCAAGAUUCAUCAGGUACUAAAUUAGUGGAAAACUUAUUUUUAAGUAGCCAUAACUGUUUAACUUUCAUGAACUUCCAGUUUUGUUUGUCAUGUUUCCACUGAGAAAGAUAGCUGAGACACUGAGAUUUGAGUUGAUUUUUUGAAAGUUCUGCAGCUUGGGCUUGACGUUUAAGAUAGUUUUCUCU